CUGCCCAAAUUUCAGCUCCGCAACACCUCUCCUUUCAAGACAUUAACACCUUCACUGAACACAAGUUGGACUUGAAAGCGACAGAAGGUAGCUGAAGACUCCAUGUCCUCCUGAGGAGCUGAGAUGCUGGACAGAUACAAGCUGGGUGUCCUGCUGCAGUGGCUGAUUGUUUUCCUGCUGAGCCCGGCCUGCGAAGCCUCCUCUCUGGGCCUCACAGUACAUGUUGUGCCUCUGGACGACGAUGGAGGGAAAACGGUACGGGCUCAUUUCAGCGUCAUCACUCCCUCUCCUUGCCCUGAUUUAGCAGCGGUCUGUGCAGCAGGGGAGGACUGUCAGGCCCAUCGUACCUCCCUACCGUUCAGCUACACACAACCCAGCCCAGCCUGGUGUGUCCGCCAGUGGCAGAAGACCGUACCCAGCAAUUAUAAAGGGGUAUUCAGUUUAGGGCUCCAUUCGGCGUUUUAUGUUGCGAUAAAUGCAGACCCAAAGAUUCGGGCCAAUAACGGGAAACUCAACAGACCUCCUUUUGUGGCUCUCCCACCUCCACUAAGGGCCAGUGUGAAUUGUCCCGUCGACUUCCAUGUCUCAACGAAGGACCUGGACGGGGACAAAGUCCAAUGCCGCUUUGCUCGUGCCGACAAGGGAGAGUGCCGGGACUGUUUUCCUCACUCUUUUCUGGAACUGGAUGAGGAGAGCUGCACUCUGACAUUCACUGGAAAUGCAGCCCCAGGACAAUACUUCAUCUACCUGAUGGCAGAGGACUUGAUUCCUUCGCCUCCGUCGAGACAGAUUUUAAACAACCCCCCUCUCAGCUCUGUUCCUGUGCACCUCUCCCUCACCGUGGAGGAGUCGGCUUCCAGCUGCAGUUCUAGACCCCUGCCCUUAGACGGGACCCCGGAAAGAGACUCUGUGCAGUUCAUCCUGCCGUUCCAGGAGGCGAAAUUCAACGCUUACUACAAUGCGGUCCAGGAGAGUGUUGUGGAGAUAGCGGUGGUCGGCCCCCCUGACCUGUACAGGGUUGGCUUUGCGUCCGUCGGCCCCCUGGCGAAGAUGACCAUGGCCUGGAUCCGCUCUGAAAACAACCUGACUCAGAUUUUGCCCGUCUGUUUUGUUGCAAACACCAAGAGUUUUCAGUCAGAGCUGCGAUGCCUGUGGCUGUACCAAAGGGAAAUGAGAACACUUCCUGCUGGAACCGAGCUGCGGUGCAACCAGACGGAGAUGUCUCUGGUGCUCCCUGUCACCUCCCUCGUUGACGUCGACCUGACUAAACUGCAGCUCAACAGCCCCACCUGCCCCGUCACUUACAACAACACACACUUGACUGCACACAUACCCCUGGGUGGCUGCGGCACAAAAGCUGUGCACGCUGGUUCAGAGCUGGUUUAUACCAACACCUUGAAAACUGUGCAUCAAACCAUGAUCAGCCGCCGGCCCUCCCUCAUCCUUCCUCUGGCCUGCCGGAUCCCGGGGGCUCAGGUCGAGGGGCCGUAUUACCUCCUCGACAUGCCCACAGAGAGGGAAACGUUUGGGGAGGUUAGAGUCUGGUUAGAGUUUCACCUCCCAGGACAGGGGCCCCUGUCCAGAUUCACGUCCACGCCCAGGUUUCGCUCCAAUUUCUCACCACAAGCGAGAGCUCGUCGGGACGCAGCUUUGAAUAACAACACUCAAACUGGUUCACAACUUAAAGAGAUGGUCAAGCAGCUGGACCUGUACGUGAUGUCUAACUGCAGCGUCAGUCGAGCUGAGAUGAUAGUGACAGAGUGCAUGGAGUCUGAGACGGAGGACUUUACAGGGAGCGAGCCUAUCUUAGAAAAAGGGUGCAUGAUGUCCAACAGCACACUGGAGAUUAUAACAGAAAAAAGCACUUCCAAGAUCUUCCGCCUGAACAUUAACACAAUGAAAGUCUCCGGAACAAAGAUGUAUGUUGAGUGCAAACUCAAUCUGUGCAUCGCCACCAGGCCCUCUGACAAAUGCCCCGAUCUGUGUGGCAACACGAGCCGCUCCAGUGUUCUGGUUGACAGCGUGUUCACAAGCACAUAUUCUAUCCGCUCUGGGCCUGUGAGUCUUAUGAUGGAAGACUUUAUGAACAGAAACGAGUCAAUAAGUCCAACACCAUCUAACAACGUAACCGACGCUCCUCCAAGCAAUGUUACAUCGCCUACUGAACCCACAAGUCUCAAACCAGCAACUCCCAAACCUGGAUCUCCCAAACCACCUACCUUUCCAGGAAGUACUCCACCAUCUUCUCAGAUUCCCAAUAUGACUCCCACAAAUGCCACGUCCACUGGUAAUACUACUACAUCUCAAGCUCCAGAAGCGGCCGCAUCCUGGAUAACUGGUGUGAUUCUGAUGAGUAUCAGCAUUUUCCUCCAAAUGAACCUUCUUCAAUGAAAAAGCUGCUGGACAAUGACCUGUCAGACCAUGGAGCAAAGCAUUUUUCUGUUAGGGAACAGUGCAAUUGGUAGACAAGGUGGCUGUUUUAUAUUUAAAAAACUGCUCCAUGUUAGCCUGACAGUUGAGACCUAGCUAAGCUUAUGGACAUUGUUACAUUAUUUACUUAUUCCCUAUCGUUAAAGCAACAUAUAGAAUUCUUAAAAAAAACUUUUUUAAUUUUACUUACUGUACAAAAGACAACACGUUUGCUUCACUCAGUUGAUGGAAACAAUGCAUCUGAUAAAAUGCAAAAUGAAACAAGCGAUAUUAAGAAGACCAAAAAAAUAAUUAAAGCAGUCAAAAUGAGAUGGUUUUUUUUAGAUGUUCAUAUUUUUAGAUGAACAUGUUCUUAUUUGCUGUUACUUGCUCCUUCAGUUAUUUUUUUCCUGACAUGUUUCAUGAAUUUGAUCAAAUAUAUUCAUUUGUAUGCCAGUCUGAAAAAGCGUGCACACAUGCUCACUUUCUUUCAAAGAAAUAGAUGUCUUUGUUAUAAGUGUUAUAAACCAUUUAUGUAUUGUUGACAUUAAAUACCUAUAUGCAUGCUUACAUUUUGUGUUUUGUUACAAGAAUGUUCUAACAGAUGAAAGGUCAAAUGCUAAAAUUAAUACAUGACAUGCAUCGAUCCCUUAUCUGUUUUUAAUAAACAAUUCUUAUAACAUA